AUGUCUCUCUUCUCUUCCACCUCAGCCCUUGGACGAUUCACCACUCGAUCCCUCCUCUCCAGACCACUCCCCAGCGGCCUCGCCCAGCGCCGCCUCAACUCCAGCACCAGCUCCAACAACAAGCCAGGAUCAACACCUCGCCCAUCCUCACACGCCCCCCAACAAAGCCGCUCAAACUUCCCCGUCAUCCCCAUCAUCGCAAUUUUUCUCAUGGGCUCCGGCUCCUACAUCCUCCUCGUCAAGUCCCGCACCGGAACCAACCAAUCGCGCCCGUCAAACUAG